AUUACAUUCCAUCCAUGUGUUGGAAUCUUUAACCUUGGUUCCUUUGUAGCUGUAGGAACUGAGACUGAACAGAUAGAGUUUCACUCUGACCCGUCAGCUGCACAUCAAUACCAGGUUCGGUUGGCCGAUGGUCGCUACCCAUGGGAAGGUCGUGUUGAGAUACUUCAUAAUAAUCAAUGGGGUGCUAUUUGUUAUUACAAUUAUUAUUGGGGCUCAACAGAAGCUAACGUCGUGUGCAGAGAGCUUGGAUUCGGGGCAGCAACAACGGUAAGGACAACUGCGUUUGGUGGGGGACCGGGACCUGCAUGGUUUCAGUCUCGUUACACAAGAUGUACUGGAGAUGAACUGAGUAUUUUCAACUGUUUUAGUCGUUCUCCAAGCCCAAAUAGCUGUAGUAUAAAUCGCCAUAUAGGAAUACGCUGCAACCCCGAGACGCCAGUAUCACCUCGCCUGAGGUGCACGUCUAACAAAUGGGGAGGAAUUAGAUCCAAAAGCAGUCAGGAAUUCAAAGUUGAUAAUGCCAUCUUCUCACACACCGGACGACUUCAUGUCGGGUUGGGCAGUGCCUUGCAUCUGGAUGAUUCGGAAACAAGCGGAAGUAUUUCUAAUAUACAGGUGCAAGAGUGCGAGGGAACUGGCAUCUAUGUUGUUGCAAAAUAUACGUCUGGUGCAUCAAAUGUGACUGUUCGUGACUGUCAUGGGGAAGCCGGUAUAACUCUUGAAAGGGCCAACAGAAUCGUUACCGUCACAAAGAGUCUCAUUUACAACAAUACAUUUUAUGAAGGAGCAAUUGCAAUUAUUGCAACACCAAUCACGUCAUCAACAGAAGUGACCACUGUACCGGCCGAUACUCGCUGUGGCACACCCAUUACCUUCAGCAAUUCCAGCGGAACUUUUGCGAGUCCAAACUUCGGUAGCUCUUCAUAUCCAUCGUACAGCUACUGUGAGUGGGUCAUCCGAGCUCCUGUAGGACACGUUGUUUUACUGGAUUUUAGUGUACUAGAUCUAAGCUACAACACUGAGGUUAAGGUUUAUGACGGACAGGAUUCGACGGCCUCAUCAAUUGCAACAUACCGCUACUCCUCAUCCCCUGGUGAUCUUAUCGGAUCAACAGGAAACAGCAUGUUCGUAGUUUUCAGGAGCCGUGGAUAUUCUGGUCGAGGCUUCCUGGCAAAGUACGAAAUAGACCUUCCUCCUGUGUACAGAAUCGUUGACAACAUCGUGAAAGACAACUCUGGAACGGCUGUAAAAGUCACUGCACAAUCGUCAUAUUCUAUAAUCGACGUUCUUCGCAACAUCUUUGAAAACAACCAAGAACGGGAAACAAACAAUGACGAAGCAGUUAUCAUCGUGAACCACGAGCGAUCUAAUACAGUAGUGAGAGGAAAUGUGAUGCAAAACAAUCAAAUGACCAGCAUACGCGUUAAUGUGCAACAGCGGCAGGAAGGCAACGUCACAGUCACGGACAACCUGUUUCGAUGGAACAGCAGAAGCACGACACUGACGGUGCGCGGGCAAUAUUAUGCAUCAGGCCAAACACCUGUAAGGAUCAGCAACAACGUCUUCUCAGGGAAUGAUGCCACUGAAACUGGCAGAGUCUUGUACUUUUAUGAAGCCCCUGGCACAGUUGAAAAUAACACCUUUGUCAACAACUCUGCUCGUCAUGUGAUAGAUUGGGAAGGUCUUUAUUAUUCUGAAGAACAAGUGCUAUCCAACAAUUUCAUUUAUGACAAUAUACCGUUGACGCCAGGGAUGAAAUACACCAUUGCAGUUUCGGGGAGAAAUACUCAGAUACACGGGAAUGUUUUCACCAAUCCUGCAAACGACGCAGAACUAGCAACAUCGACCCGCACGUCUUCCUACCCCGUCAACGCUACCGGCAACUUUUGGGGUUUCGAUUCGGAUAAUCUUGUCUCAGAACGAAUUCGAGAUAAGGACGAUAACGACGACUGGGCAGAGGUCCUAUACGACCCGUGGCUCGCAGCUCUACCAGCAGAUGGUCCCUGCCCACUCGGAUGGAAGUACAGCAAGCAGCUCAGCGCCUGUUACAUGUACCAUAGUGGAGCUCAAGACUGGCUGGGUGCAGUUCAUUCCUGCAAGAUCCAGCACGCCAUAGUUGCAAGGUCAUUCUCGGGUCAGGAGCGAGAGUUGAUUGACAGCAUCAUCAGAGCCAGAGAAGUUCAUUUUGUAUCCAAUGUGCCCAUCUGGAAGGACAGACCUGACGAUAUCGCAAACUCCACACAUGACUGCAAAGUACAUCUGCCGUCAAACGGGACACUCACAACGCUUGCUGACUGCGGCUCCUUCUAUCCCUUCAUCUGCAAGAGGCCAGUAGUUGACGACUGUCCCAAUGCCUGUUCCCAUCGCGGUCGCUGCGAGGGAAGGACGUGUAUCUGUGACAGAGGCUGGGAAGGAGAGGACUGUUCCAAGGCAAACUGUCGAGACAGGAACGACUGUGGGGAGUUUGGUACUUGUGUAGGACCGAACAUAUGCAGAUGUAGAAAUGGAUGGCAGGGGCGUGCCUGCACAGUCAGCUACUGCAACCGUUUCACGUCUUGCAAGUCUUGUGCCAUGGCAGUGGGGUGUGGAUGGUGUGACCAGAGACAGAGCUGUGAAUCCGGGUUGUACAGAGGUCCUGACGUAAUGCCUUGCCAAACAUGGUUCUACCACAGUUGCUUUACCGUGGGAGAAAAAGGACGUUGCUCUCCUGACAUUGAAGUUGUCGACUGCGAACAUCGGCAGUGCAACAACUCUCUCUCAACGACAACAGUUGAGUCUUGUUUAAGGUGCCAGGACGUUGAAGGAUGCUUCAAAGAAACGGAUAACUGUAAAGUAUGGAACGAAGACCAGUGCCCCAAGGGUUUCAUCCACCCACUGUACAACGACACCACGAGGAUCGAGAAGAUCCUGAUCGGCCAUAACGUAGAAUACGUCCCGCGGGAAGGGAACACCUUGUACCGGUGUCCUGUCCGCUUCUCCAGCUGGGGAGCCACCAUGUUUGUGAAUGAAGGGAUCCUGGACAUCCGGAUUGGACAGGUGCUGUCCAGUCCUCAGGCAAGCGGUGUACUGCACAAGGUGGAACAAGUGAGGAAGACAGAGGAUUACACGGUGAUAGUAGCACACCCCGCCACUCUGGAGGACAUGCUGGAUUACAGUGACUUCAGCCAGGAGGUUCAGCUGGAGAUGGCUGUGGACAUGAAGAGGAACGAGGGAGUUCCCGAACUGUCUGUGGUGGAAAGAGUACUGAAUGGAAACGGGACACUUGAUGGGAGCGCUGUUCGUGUCAUAGCUGAAGAUGUCCCGGUCUACAAGUGUAUCGGAUCCCGGGCUAUGAAUGAAGGAGAGGGCAACUACCAUUUACUGAUGACACACAUCCCUGAUCACCUAUCAGUUGGCGACAUCAUUGUCAGUAACCACAGCAAUGGGAUACUGGAGCAGGUUAUCCAGCAGACAACGACGACGCUUGGUGUUUUCAUCCAAACUCAGCUGCAGGAUUGUUUUGAAGCUUUCAAUUUCCGGCAAGAACUGCAGACAACGGACGGUGCAACCCUUCCUGAGUCCCUACCGUGUUCGGGCGGACCGGACGGGGCACACGGGCUGCUCAUCGUAGACUCAAAUGGAAAAGAGUUGGACCUGGAGACUGGUGACGUGGUGAUAGGGAGAAAAAGUAGCAGAUUGCUGGCAAAAGUUGUGAAUAUCACCACUGCCUCUGAGUACACGCUAGUAGAAGUGGAGCCUAUCCUGAGCAGAUCCAUAAUGACAUUGCCGUCAAGAAGAAGGCGACGGGAGGAUGUUGCCGUCUCUCCAGACAGGGAGCCUUUAAACAUGGUCAUCGAAGACCAAUUCCGGGAGGUCACCGACAGAUUUGAUAUCACACUGUCUACAAGUGGGGCACUCUCAGCUGGAAUCAAGCUCGCGCUUGUAGUUUCGACGUCGGAGUUUUCGACACCCACGCUCAAAAAGGCAGAGGCUUCCUUCAUUGGUGGACGACUAGAAGUAGGACUCCAUGGCACUCUGGAUGUUUCGGAGCGUACUUGGACGAGAGGAGGUUUUCAGACGACAUUGUCACCCAGAUACGCAUCUCUGUGUGUGAGCAGCACAGUGUGCAUACCAGCUAAAAUAUGGGCGGGCAUCGAGACAUCUUAUGAAAUAUACGCUCAGGGUCCAGGCAGUAUUGAAAUGUCUUCCAACGUGGUCAAGCCAGAUAUUGACGGUGGUGGAAGCUGGCAACCACAGGAAGGGAGUCAAUCGUUCUCGUUUGAGCAGAAUGAGGAAUCCAACGAUGCAGAUGUCCUAAUAUCGUCCUACUCUGGAACGGCAAGCGAAAGUGACCAACUCAUCAUACUAGAGCUAAAAGUGAAACCGACGUUUUCCAUCGAGUUUCCCACAUCCGGAGAAAGUGAAGAGGAUGCCAAUUUGAUACCGUCACUGGACGAGAUAUCGGGUCAGAUUGGUCAAGGCGAUGCUUUUGGGUACAGUAUCACUACAUCCCUUCAAUCACAAGCUCUCCUGCGUGUAUCAGCCCAGUCGUGUUCUGCCGAGUGCCCAUAUUCAGACAGACCACAGUACGUUGGUGUCACGUCAUCGUUGGACUAUCUGAAGGGAGCGUUCAACGUGGUAGUUGGAAACAACGAGUACUACGAGGAACAACAAUGGAGACGUGAGGAGUGGAUGGAGUCCGACAGGAAUUGCAAGGCGCAGCCGUCAAGUAUUGAUACCUGUGAGGAAAUGUGUCUAUGUUCUGGUGUAGCAACAGGGAGGCGACACCCUACUGACGACAGUUUCUGCAUGUGCCCUUGUGACUGUGGAAGUGGGAACAUUAGCUUCACGCACCCAGACAUUUCAGACGGAGACGGAUGCAACUGCGACCUAUGCCCCAAUGGUGACUUCAAAACAGUCAACAGUCAGGGACAUCUACACUGCCCAUGUCUCUGUCCUGAUAACAGCACAUCAGAACUGACCAGCAAUGGGAAAUGUGACUGUUCCUGCCCCUGCCCUGACGGUAGCAGUGAUGUGUUGAUGAGUGACGGUAGCUGUCCGUGUAGGUGCACAUGUAACAACUGCCACGAGUCGGUUCUUGGUCCUCAAGGCUGCAUCUGUUCAGAUAGCUGUCCUGACUGUGAGAAUGACGAGGAACCUGAGUGGCAAGACUGCGUCUGUAGGUGUCCACAGAAGACAGAGUGCGGGAUCCCACCUACAUGUGUGGUGGGGAGGAUGGGGUCAGACUGCAGACAGCCAGACUGCAGGCCAUGCCAAGGCUGCUCCGGGAAUGGACUAUGCACCACAUCUACAGACAGCUGUCAGUCAUCCUGUGUCUGCUGGCCCCAGUGGUUCGGAGACUGUUGUGAGCUACGUCGUCCUCGUCCUAUUGGAGGGGACCCUCAUCUCCAGACGUUGGACGGGAUCUCCUACGACUACCAUGGCAUUGGUGAAUUCUGGGACUGUAAGAGCGUGCCCAAUGACUUCGGCGUACAGACCCGGAUGUAUGCGUACGAGAGGGCUUCUCUGAUAGGUGGAGUUGCAGUAAAGGCAGGGCAUAGUGUUGUCACUUUGAUGACAUUACCGAAUACAACGGAAAAGGACGUUCCUUCUAUGAGGUAA